CCGGAACGCGAUUCAAAAUGGCGACGCAAUACAAGCGGUAAUUCACGUACGGUCCCAGCUGCUGUGCAUGAAUUAGUUACUUAUAUCGCCCAAGAAAUGGAUAUACGUAGAGAACCAUCAGCCGUACGGAAUAAUUAUUUUUGCAAAUCUUAUCACUGAGUGUUUUUAUUCGUGUAAGUUCCCGCUUGAACUCAAAAAGGAGAGGACAACUUCGCACAGCCAUGGCAGAGGAGCGGCGGCAGAAGCAAUGUUCGGUCGUCGUGCCCACGGAGUCCAUGAAGGCCAUAGCAGAGUCUGUUGGAGUGGGUCAGUUACAGGAGGAGAGCUGUGUAGCAUUGAGUGAAGAGGUCAGCUACAGAAUAAAAGAAAUUGCACAGGAUGCUCUCAAAUUUAUGCAUCAUGGGAAGAGACGUAAACUAACCACCAGUGACAUAGAUAAUGCUCUCAAGCUAAAAAAUGUUGAGCCGCUGUUUGGGUUCCAGUCGCAAGAGUUUAUUCCUUUUCGCUUUGCAAGCGGGGGUGGAAGAGAGCUUCACUUUUAUGAGGAAAGGGAAGUCGAUCUUAGUGACAUUAUAAACACACCACUUCCCAGAGUUCCAUUAGAUGUGUCUCUAAAAGCCCACUGGUUAAGCAUUGAGGGGGUGGAGCCUUCUAUUCCAGAAAAUCCACCACCAGCAACAAAAGAGCAGCAAAAGGUUGAAUCUACAGAGCCUCUUAAAGUUGUCAAACCUGGCCAAGAGGACGAAGCUACAAUUCAGGGCAAGAGUCAGGGGGCGACAGCCGCAGAUGGCAAAGGAAAGGAGAAGGGUCUAAUAAGGUUGAAGCCACGCAGCACUCAUGAACUGUCUGUGGAACAGCAGCUCUACUACAAGGAGAUCACAGAAGCAUGUGUCGGCUCAUGUGAAGCUAAGAGAGCUGAAGCUCUGCAGAGUAUUGCUACAGAUCCUGGACUGUAUCAGAUGCUUCCAAGAUUCAGCACAUUUAUUUCUGAAGGGGUUCGUGUGAAUGUGGUACAGAACAACUUGGCACUGCUGAUUUAUCUAAUGAGGAUGGUCAAAGCUCUAAUGGACAAUCCCACCCUUUAUUUGGAGAAAUAUCUGCAUGAGCUCAUCCCAGCUGUGGUGACAUGCAUUGUGAGUAAGCAGCUCUGUUUGCGACCGGAUGUUGACAACCACUGGGCUUUACGAGACUUCGCUGCUCGCCUCAUGGCCCAAAGUUGUAAAACAUUCAGUACUACAACCAACAACAUCCAGUCCCGUAUUACCAAGACUUUGACUAAGAGUUGGUUGGAUGAGAAAACCCAGUGGACGACACGUUAUGGCUGCAUCGCGGGACUUGCAGAAUUGGGACCUGAUGUGAUUAAGACUUUGAUCCUUCCUCGGCUUACUAUAGAGGGCGCUCGCAUUAAAGCAGUGAUGGAAGGACCGGUCGUCUCCAACAUUGAUAAGAUAGGAGCCGAUCAUGUUCAAAGCCUCUUACUGAAACACUGUGCAAGUGUCAUUGCCAAGAUUCGACCCCAGCCUGACAAUGUGGAGCAGUAUCGGACGGACUACGGUUACCUUGGACCUAUGCUUUGUUCCCAUGUAAUGAAAGCAAGGACCCAAGCAGCACUGCAAGCCCAACAAGUCAACAGAACCACAUUAACAAUCACUCAGCCUCGUCCCACUCUCUCCGUCUCACAAAGUGGGCUCAGUGGGUCGGGGCCUCGCACUCCCAGCAUCAUUAAGGUUCCAAGCUCCCUCACUCUGAUGUCCCCUCGACCAGGGACCCCAUCACAACCAUCUCCUCCGGCAACUAAGUACAUCGUCAUGGCAACCAGUGCAGGAGCCGCCUCAACUCAACAGGUAAUCACCCUCAGCUCUUCCCAGUCGGCAUCAUCAGUAACUAGCACGGUUCCCAGCGCCUCUUCCAACUUACAGCCUUUGGUAAAACUGGAGUCUGGCAGUGGCCCUGGACUAACCCUAACCCAGUCUGGCAGUGGCCCUGGACUGACCGCGUCACGACCUCUGCAGAAAUACAUAGUAGUAUCACUGCCCUCAUCUGCCUCAUCCUCUUUGGAGCCUAAGAGCUCCGUGCUCCCAACCUCAAUUUCCUCCACCCAGCUCGAUACAGGUAUGAAGAUGGAACGGUCCGAGUCUCCUGGAGCAAGUACACAGUCGCCACACUGAGACUGGUGUAUGUAGUGGAGAUUUUUUUUAUCAUGUUGGUGCAGAUGAACAUUCAAUGAUCAUUGUUUGGGCUGAACUUUUUAAAGGGUUAAACUCUGGAGUGGUAUGAAGCAAGAGUUUCUGAACUUUUGACUGAUGAAGAACAAAUGUGACCAGAUUUUUGUAAAUAUGUUCGUGCCCAAUGAGAACUGAAGUCUGUCUGUGAGAUCUGUAAUGUUUCAGCUUAUAUUCUAAUUGAUUUCAUGUUCUUUUUUUACUCUAAAAUAAAUCAGAUUUUGUAUUAA